AUGGAGCAAUUUGACCAAUCAGAUUACGGCCUCAUGUUCGCAACACACGAAUAUCCAGACCCAGACUACGCUGCAUAUGUCACCAAAUACCCCUGGAGAGAAGAUGACGGUUAUUUACCGUCAGCGCUACACGGUCUGCCUCCGGAAUCCUUGGAGGAGAUCUCACGCGCUGGGGUUUAUUCUAGUCCUCAGAAAGCUGGAGACGACGGAGGCGAGGUUCUCGAUAGUGUUGCUCAUGGGCCCGCCAAGGAGGUGACCUGGGAUCCCGACUACCAAGAGUCUGAAGCGGGUCUAACAGAAGAUGAAAACGUAUCGGAUGAAGACUCAUAUGCAGAGGCGUUGAAAGGCCGGAGGGAUGAAACUCGGCUGCGUCAAAGGCAGAGAUCCGGCCGACGUGCUGAUGUAUCUGGUAGAAAUUCAAGCGCACCUAGGAAGGGAAGGAGAGGUCGCGGUGGUAGGGUUGGGCGAGGAGGUAAGGGAAUGAAAAAGGGCUUGCGCAAGCCCAUCGAGCCAACACCAGAAUUCAAGGCGCUACACUCUCAGGCUACCAUGGCUUUUAUUGAUCAAAAUUACGAAGAAGCCGAGAAUCUCACGCUUCAGGCAUUGCUCAUCAACCCUGAAAUGUAUCCCGCUCACAACCUACUCUCAGAGAUCCACGCUGCUCGUGGUGACAAAGCGAAGGCGCUUAGUGCUGCAUGGAACGGAGCACACACCAGGCCGCGAGACCCUGAGAUGUGGUCAAGAAUCGCACGUCUGAUUCUGGAGCGUGAUGACGAUGACAGAGAUUCCACACUUCGAGACGCGAUUUACUGCUACAACCGCAUUCUCUACGUCGACAGUUCGAAUGUCGAAGCACGAUACCAGCGAGCUGCAUUGAAUCAUGAAUUGGGCCACAAAAGGAAGGCUGCCAACGAGUAUGAGCAACUGAUCAAACAGCUUCCGCACGAUACGACAGUCCUGCGUCACCUCGCGGAAAUUUACAUCGACCUUGACGAGCCUGACAAUGCUUUGAGUCAUUACGAAGCCACCAUAUAUUAUUUUCAAUUAGUUGAGCCCUGUGACGUUACCAGUUUCACUUGGUCAGACGUUAACAUUGUCUGUGAGCUGUACGGUGUUCAGCGACGGUGUGAGGAAGGUAUUACUGUGCUCAAAACAUUAUCUCGCUGGCUACUUGGUCGUGCAAAAGAAAAAUGUUGGGAAGCGUUUGAUGAGGACGACAGAGAAUGGGACCUCGAAGAUCAGCCCCGUCGUAAUGACGUGCCAGGAUUUGUGCCUGGUGAACAUGACGUGACCUCGUACGGCGAUGGCUUGCCUCUAGAGUUGCGUGUCAAGUUGGGAGUAUUCCGAUUGAAGUCUGAAAGUCGAAAUCUCAUGGAAGCAAUUGCAAGUACCUCGCCUUUAAUUGAUUCGCGCCAUUGGCUGACAUGA